UUAUAGACGAAGGGAGGUGUUUUUUUUUUUAGAAACAAUCCGAUGGAAAAAUCCAAAAAUUUCCGGAUCGAUGCUCUCCUAGCAGUCGACCCUCCCAAAGCCGCCGCCGCCGCCUCCGCGCAGACCUCACCGCUGGCCUUGGUCACCUCCCUCGCCAACACAUCUGGCCACAGCAGCAGCAGCAGUAACAGCAGCAGCUGCAGCCCCCCGUCCUCCUCCGAGCGCCACAGCGGCGGCUCCUCGGACUGCCUGCGGACCGAGAGCCCUUCGCCGCCGCGGAUCCUCGCCGCGCACUGCGGGCUGGUGCCCAAGCCCGGCUUCCUGACCAGCACCAGCAGCGCCAGCAGCCAUCACCACCACCACCACUCCGCCGGGGGCAUGGCCCUGGGACUGCACCAGGGGGGAGCGGGCAUCCCCACCCAGGCCGCCCUCUACGGGCACCCCAUGUACAGCUAUUCGGCAGCCGCUCUGGCCGGGCAGCACCCCGCUUUGUCUUACUCCUACUCCCAGGUGCAAGGGGCUCACCCUUCUCACCCUGCCGCAGACCCCAUCAAACUCAGUGCCGGGACUUUUCAGCUGGAUCAGUGGUUACGAGCAUCCACAGCGGGCAUGAUCCUCCCGAAAAUGCCGGACUUUAACUCCCAGGCGCAGUCCAACCUGCUGGGGAAGUGCCGGCGGCCCCGCACCGCCUUCACCAGCCAGCAGCUGCUGGAGCUGGAGCAUCAGUUCAAACUGAACAAAUACCUCUCCAGGCCCAAACGCUUCGAGGUGGCCACGUCCCUCAUGCUCACGGAGACCCAGGUGAAAAUCUGGUUCCAGAACCGGCGCAUGAAGUGGAAGCGGAGUAAAAAGGCCAAGGAGCAGGCGGCGCAGGAGGCAGAGAAGCAGAAGAGCGGGCUGGGCGGGGAGGACAAGGCGGACGAGGAGCUGCUGCUGCCGGCCCCGGAGAAGAGCAGCGGCCGCCGGCUGCGGGAGCUCAGGGACAGCGACCCCGAGGAGGAGGAAGCCGGACACUGCUGCCCCUACAACUCCUCCGACUGCUCCGAGGGUGACGAGGAGGAGACACAGCCCCGCAGCAGGCACGCCUCCCCGCUGCAGCCGCCCCCCGGCCAGCCCCAGUGAGCCAGCAGGCGGGCUCCCCUCAUUCCUGCUGCUGCUAUCCGGUCCCAGACCUUUUAGCCCUACACCAGCCUGCCCACCCCAGCCACCCCAGACAGAUCCCUCUGCCCACCCCAGCCACCAGACUCCUCUGCCCACCCCUACCCCAGCCACCUCCAGACAGACCCCUCUGCCCACCCCAACCACCUCCAGACAAACCCUUCUGUCCACCCCCACCCAACACCUCCAGACAGACCCCUCUGCCCAUCCCUACCCCAGCCACCUUCCAGACAGACCCCUCUGCUCACCCCCACCCCAGCCACCUCCAGACAGACCCCUCUACCUCAGACACCUCCUGACAGCGCCCUCUGCCCACCCCUGCCCCAGCCACCUCCAGACAAACACACACUCCUCUGCCCAGCCCCCCAAACACCUCACACACCUCUACCCGCCCCAUCCUACCCUUCCCCAGACUGCUCACCUUUCCUCUCGACUCCUCCUCCCCACUUUUCUCCACCAUCCCCUACUCCCCUCCUAGUGACACACAUCUGCCCACUGCCCCAUGCCACCAUCAACAACACCUAUUCCUCUGCCCCGACCCUACACAUCUGCUUUUCCUCCAUCUCUGCAGCCUUUGGUGUCAGUGAAAUGAGUCCCAAAUGCAGCCAUCUUCCUGCACUGGAGGAGGAACAGCUAAUCUUAUACCAGUACCUUUUAUUUCUACAUGGGAAGUAUUCGGUCUUCAGCUGCGCACAAGCCCAGAUCCAUCAUUGCUCUUUGGUGUCAGCAUUUCAGCUGUCAUGUAACAAACAAACAAACAAACAGAGAAACCAAGCAGGUAAUAUUAGAGGUGAGCAGCUUUUGGUAAGGUUUGGAUUUUUUUUUUUGAGGUACAUUGACAAAAGGAUUCUUCUUCCUACACAUGGUAGAGAAGAUUUAUAGUUCACCACAGUGUUAAGAGACAUUUUAAAAACUUGAACCUUACCCAUGGAAACCUUAUUCUUUUGCUGAGUAUUGGAAAUGUUUUGUGCUUAUUAUAUAUCUGGAAACCUGUUUGCCAUGAACGUUAAAACUGCUGGAAAUCUCAAGACUGGACUGUCUUUAUUUUUGUAUAUUGUAUUUAUAAAAAGGGGCACCUCUACUUAUGCAUGCUAAAUUAUUAUUCAGCUUCUCCAUCGGCCAUGAUGGUAUGUAAAAUAAACAUUUUGUACUUGA